AUGAGCGAUACGAAAGCAUGGGAGCAUCUAGAUGCGGACCUCAACCAAGUAUUAGAAGCAUCUCUAGCUGGAGCCGUAGAGCGUAAAGUCGAGUCCCUAACCGCAAUAACGUACAACCUAGCUAGGGAGCGGUUUGGGGUGGAGGAAAAGAAGAAGAAGAGUCAGCAAACUACCAAGCAGCCCAACAGAUCUAGAAGGGAAAGAGAAAUUCGGCAGUUAAGGAGAGAAAUCAAGGCACUAAACAAGAAGUACAAGAGAGGGCCGGCCAGCGAAAAGGAAGGUAUCAAGCAGUUAACGUGCCAACUGAGAGAGCGGUUAUGUAGAUUGAGAAGGGCUGAGAAUGUUAGGAAGCAGAGAAAGCAGAGAGCAAACAAGAGAGCCCAGUUCGUCAGAGAUCCUUUCCGGUUCACAAAGUCAUUGUUGGGAGAAGCGAAGUCAGGUAGACUAGCCAGCGGCAGAGAAGAAGUAGAAGAGUUUCUGAGAGAGGCACACAAUGAUGAGUUGAGGCACGAAGCUCUAGAGGAAAAUUCGAGAAUCAAGCCGGUGCCAGUACCAACCAAACCUCUGGAUACAAGUGAACCAACAUUGUGGAGGCUUCUACGACGAAUAUGGGGGAAGGGAGUCAUUCCAACAAGCUGGAAGAGAGCAGAGGGGUGCUUCAUCCCGAAGGAAGUAGACUCCUCCGUCAUCAACCAGUUCAGAACAAUUUCGCUCCUGUGCGUCGAAUGCAAGAUUUACUUUUCUGUUCUGGCUAGAAGACUUGUGACCUACAUAACUGAGAACCAGUACAUAGACACGUCUGUGCAGAAGGGAGGAAUCCCGGGUUUCUCCGGUUGUCUGGAACAUACGGGUGUGCUAACCCAGGUGAUAAGAGAAGCCAAAGCAAACAAGUCGGACUUGACGGUGGUAUGGCUGGACCUGGCUAAUGCGUAUGGUUCUAUCCCUCACGGCCUUAUCCAGGUGGCGCUGGACCACUACCAUGUCCCAGCAAGCGUCAAGGGCAUGGUCACCAGCUACUUUGGAGGGUUCCAGCUUCGCUUUAGAACAGCUGACUUCACAACACAGUGGCAGAACCUGGAGAAGGGGAUUGUGACAGGAUGUACUAUCUCGCCAAUUCUCUUCAUCAUGGGAAUGAAUCUACUGAUAGAUGCGGCAGCUACUAAAGCAAAGGGCCCCAGGAUGAACUCUGGUUCAAGGCAGCCACCAAUAAGGGGGUUCAUGGAUGACAUCACUCUUACUACUGUCACCCAUGUAGAGGCAAGAUGGAUGUUAGCAGAGCUAGACUAUAUGGCAACAUGGGCAAGAAUGAGGUUUAAGCCGAUCUCUGCUACCCUGGACAACGGUAAUUCAUACACCGUGAGCAACCAUAUCAGUCUCGGCAGCAACCCGUGCUGA